UCACCUCACUUCCGCUCGCGCGAAGCCUUCCUCAGCCAAUGGCCUUUCAGAGCCGCCAGCGCCUCGCGAGGGUUCCGUUUCGUCACCAUGGCAACCGUCGUCCCGAACAUCAACCAUCCGUUCUUCUGCGCUUAGGCCCGGCGAGUUCGUCAUGGCAGAGCUGGGUCUUAAUGAUCACCACCAGAAUGAAGUAGUCAACUAUAUGCGAUUUGCACGCUCCAAGCGUGGCCUGCGUCUCAAGACAGUAGACUCUUGUUUCCAGGACCUUAAAGACAGCAGGCUCGUGGAAGAGACAUUCACAAUAGAUGAGGUGACAGAUAUGCUGGAUGGCUUACAGACCGUGGUACACAGCGAGGUGGAAUCAGAACUUAUUAACACAACAUACACCAAUGUAUUACUUCUGCGUCAGAUUUUUUCCCAAGCAGAGAAAUGGUAUCUUAAACUUCAGACUGACAUUUCUGAGCUGGAAAAUAGGGACUUAUUAGAGCAAGUUGCAGAGUUUGAAAAGGCAGAAUUUACAUCUGCAAAUAAGAAGCCCAAUCCGGAGCUGAUUAAACCUAAACUUACUCCAUUACACGACGGAGCGUCAGAAUUGCUAAACAAGGAAAUUACAAGACUCCAAGAAGAAAAUGAAAAAUUGAAAACUAGGUUGAAGACAAUAGAAGUACAGGCUACAAAUGCAUUGGAUGAAAAAUCAAAAUUAGAGAAGGCUCUGCAAGAUCUGCAGAUUAUUCAGGGAGAUCAAAAGCUUGACACAACUCAGGAUAUUAGUGAACUAGAAAAUACUGUGGCUUCUCUGAAAUGCCAAUUUGAAAAGACUUUGCAUGACACCACUGCAAGCCAAAAAUCCUUGGAAGAGAAUCUGAUAACAACAAAGCAUGACCUUCUUAAGGUUCAGGACCAGUUAGCUAUGGCUGAAAAGGAAUUGGAAAAGAAGUUCCAGCAAACAGCUGCCUACCGUAACAUGAAAGAGAUUUUAACUAAGAAGAAUGAGCAAAUAAAGGAAAUGCGAAAGAAGCUGUCAAAAUAUGAACCAGAUGAUUAAGAUUUGAAGAACAUUAACUCUUUCAAGAAACUGCCUCAAAAAAUGCUGAAGGUUUUGAAAUAGAGGUUAUAUUUUCAAUAUGUAGCAAACAUUAGUUUCCCGCUUUGUGUUCAGAAAUUACCUUUUACUAUUAGGAAGUCACAACUGAGAACUACAAGAGAAGAAAAGGGCAUAGCUUCAUUUCUGUGUUUAUUCUUUGGAAAAUCGCAAGCACAGAAUUAUUGGCCAGUGCUUUGUAAAACAGAGAGUUUAUGUAAAAAAGAACUGCAGGAGGGGGGCGAGUGGGAAUCAGUAAUCUGAUUCUCUAAUAUAAUAUGUUUAUUAACAUCUGAUAUUUAGUAUAAACAUUAUUAGCUCACUAAUUUUCAGUAGAAGUUCUAUGUUAAAGAGUAAUGAACCAAUCUGGUUUGUUGUUUGUUAAAAGACAAAAACACUCUGAUAUUCAAAUGUUGAUUAACUAGCCAAAAAAGUGGGGGAAAGGUGUCUUACAUGUCUUACUGAAUUUGUUCUGGCUUAAGUGAAAGCAUUUUAUCACAGUACAAAUGUAAGGUAUUAACGUGCAGCCCUGCAUGCACUUCAUCUAUCUCAGUGACAACUUGAUCAGAUACACUUGGCAGACCACACUGAAAUGAUAAGUUCUGUACUAUAGGCAGUCAUGUUAGAUUCUCCCCUUAUGUCUCAGCAAUACACAUUACGUUUUAAAAGUAGUUCUCAGUAAUGAAACAAAAAAUGUCUUGCUACAAAAUUCCCAAGUGACACGCAGCUAGAUGAGACCAAAUGAAACAACUUUUAUUUAUGGAAUAUGUUAAUUUGGAGAGAUUGCUUCAUUUCCCUAGGCAAUCUCAGUUGUCCAACUGCGGACCAGUUUUAAUUCUUGUAUUCCAGCUUCUAUGUUUUUGCCAGUUGGUGUCAUGACGUUUUUUUAAUUCUCUUUAUUAUAUAUUCAUAUAUAUGUUAUAAUGUUCUUAAUUAAGAUGUUUAUUGAAAAA